AUGCUGAUUAGAAUGUCUGUUAAGAACGACGCUUUGUCUUCAGGUAAUCUUGCAUAAAAGAUUCUCUGCCAACAAAGCGCGUUAUUCAGUGCGGUUUUCUCAUCUUUUGCACCUAGUCGCAUUGGUUUUCUGUGGGUCAAACGCGCCCUUUUCGAUCUAAAAUUAUUUACGGCAAUCCCAAGGCAUGCCAGUAAAACAUUUUAGCCUCAAAAUGUGUUUUUUAAUAUUAUUUAAAAAUAAUAUUAGGCUGCGCAUUUACAGACAUGGAGUUCAGAGACGUGCCGAGUAAUGCCAUAUUAAAAGCUGUUUGUGUAGAUCGCAAAUUUAAAUAUUAUUUUUGUUUUCAUCGUAUUUUCGCUUUUAGCAAGUCUUUAUACUUCUUUUUACAUUCAAUUUUCUUCAGAUAUCCUUCAAUUAUCCGAAAUGAAUGGCCUCCAAAACUUCCCCGUUUUCCGUGAGAACAAAGCCGGCUUCAAAUCCUAUUGGUUGGAAAUCAUGGUGGUCCCCAACGACCGUGUUGUUAACACUCUAACUCUAUUCCGAGCUUAUGGUCAAGCCAAAGAAGAUUGGACUUUGAAUCAAUUACUUGAGAACUGCUGCCAAGCCAAGAAACUUAACUUUGGCCACGAAAAGACAGUCGAUUUUUUGGAUCACGAGUUCAAUAUGUGUGGCCAGAACUCGAAGAUAACGGAAGGCCUCUUCUAUGCGAUAAUAAGUUGUGAUUACAAGAUGAAAGACGGAAAGGGAAUCAAUCUCUCCUUUCCCCUUCCUGCUCAAACCAACUUAUCCUUGUGCUGGAUGGUUCAUAGGAUCUCCAAAAGACUGUUUGAAAUUCACAGGCCUGAGUGUUUCACGGCUUUGGAAUACUCACACAUUGUCAAACCAUUCUUUGUGAUCGGUUCUCCAAUCAAAAGUAUGUUUUUUGUGUAGAUCUAUAUAUGACAAUUCGGAACUAAAUAGAGUAACGGGAUUUAUUCCAGAACAAAAGGGACUUCGAAAACUGAUUGACCAAAAAGACAUUGAUUCUGUUCCAACACUUGGAAUGUCCAUUGUAUCUUUCCCAUCUCUUUCUGAACCAGAAGAAAAGUCAGAAGUUGAAGAACAGAAGGAAGUUGAGGAAGAACAGGAAGGAUCAAUUGAACAAGGAAAAGAAAUGAAACCGAAGGCAAAUGAAGAAACGAAAACUGAGCCAAAAGAAGAGCAAAAAACUAACCAAAUCACUCGCUCCCUGCAUCAGCAUGAUGUACAGUAUUUGAUCGCCUUCUUAGUUUUUGGUUUCAUCUCUCUGAUUAUCUCCAAGAUUGAGAUUGUUGAGUUGUAG